AUGGAGUGGGCGCGGGGGCUGAACUGCUCGUCGGAGCUCGGCGGCUCCCGCGGCGGCGUCGACCCGCGCAAAGUGUGGGAGCAGACGGUGGCGGCCAAUCAACAGCUGCUGAACAUCGUGAAGGAGCGGGAGACGCGCGCGACUGCGACCGCGGCGUUGUUUCGCAGCCGCCACUUCGCCCUGCUGCAGGCGCUGGCGGCUGCUGAGGCGGAGGUGGCGGCGUUGAACGCCCGCAGCCGCAACCUCGUCGCCGCUCUGCGGGCGGCCCAACUGCGCGGCGCCGGCCAGGCCCAACAUAUCGACAACAUUCACGCGACGGGCGCCGCACGGACGCCCGCCGUCGUCGCCACCUCCGCCGCUGACGCCGAGGACGACUACGCGCAGCUGCUGCAGCGCCUCACACACACCGGCCGGCUGCGGGCGGAGCUGCAGGCGGAGGUGCAGCAGCUGCAGUCGACGUGCAAGGCGGCCCUGCAGGAGCGUGCCGUACUGCUGCGGUCGCUGGAGGCGCAGCGGGAGGCGCUGGAGCCGCUUCUGCGCGACGCCGACAGCUUGGCGCGCGCGGAGGCGGAGGUGCGGGCGACGCUGCGCACGUACGGCGACGGCGCCGUGGGGGCGGGACGGGCCGCGCUGCUGCAGCGGCUCGCCGCCUGGUCCUGCGAGGAGGCGCGGGCCGUGCGCGGCGUCACCGCCCUCCUCAGCGGCUUCAUUGACGCGGAGGACGAGAACCUCCGUGCGGCGGCGGCGGCGGCGGCGGCGGCCUCGGGGCGGCUGCGGGGCGUCGAGGCGGCGGUGCGGUUCCAGCAAACAUGGAAUGACGCCCUGCUGCGCUCCAUCGGCGCCUUUUCGAGCGCGGCGAAUGCGCGGCGGGAGGAGCUUUGGGCCCGUGUCGAGGAGCUGCGGCGGCGCAGGGCGCGGGACGAACGGGAGGGCGGCCGCACCGCCGAUUCCCCAAAGCGCCUGCCAGGCGCCGGCUGCGUGGGUUGA